AUGUCAACUGGUCACUCAGGUGUCAGACAUCAUGUUGAAAUAGCGAUAGUAAUAACAAUAAUAAUAAUAAUGACAGUUGAUGUUGGUAUAACCUCUGGGAAAGAGAGUGGAUUGCAUGUACCACUCGGCUAUACAUUCAACUGGAUUAUUGAUAGAAUUUAUUGUUGUGCGCGGCUGCAAGUUUUGCAUAAGUGUCGUGGGAAAUAUUCUCCAACUGUUUGCUCAAAAAUGGGAGUGGUGUGCAGGUUUCCUAUUUGCUCAUACAUCCUUAUUGGUAUUUCUCUCGGCCAAUUUCCCCGACGGUACGGUAUUGCGUUGUGUGUCGCGAUGUUUGUGUACUUUGUUUUUGAUAGAGCGCUAACAUCUUGUGUUUGUUUCAUUUAUCGUCUUCAGAAGCGGCAGUGGCACGUGAGCGUACCGCUAUCACAUAGGUUUACUAUACCAUUUAAUAUGAGUAACCGCACAUAG